AUGAGUGCAUUGGUACCGAGAGGAGGGGGGGACAACCUCCCUAGUGUUAAGGACCUUGAACAUGAAGUGCACAAGGAAAAGGAGAAGCGGCUGAAAAUGGAAGGUGGUGAUGCAACUGCUAUGAUGGCGUAUUUUGACCGGAUGCAAGAGGAUAAUCAAAAUUUCUAUCGAGCACACCGUCUAGAUGAAGAGGGUCGUUUGAAGGACGUAAUGUGGGUUGAUGCUCGUAGUAGAGUGUCUUAUGAAGAAUUUGGUGACGUGGUUUGUUUUGAUGCCACAUAUCUCACUAAUGAGUACGAGCUCCCGUUUGCCAACUUUGUAGGGGUUAAUCAUCAUGGGCAAUCUAUAUUGUUGGGUGGUGCACUUGUGUCACAUGAGGAUUCAGACACAUUUAGUUGGGUAUUUAGACAAUGGAUGUCAUGCAUGGGAAAUAAAGAACCUGGGGCAAUUCUGACCGAUCAAGCUGCUGCUAUGCGAAAGCCUUUGGAACAAGUGAUGCCUAAUGCUCGACAUCGUUGGUGCAUUUGGCACAUUCUGAAGAAAUUCCCAGAUAAGCUCGGGAAAUGUGAAGGAUAUGAUUCUAUUAUGUUCUACUUUGACCAUUUUAAGUAUUAUGACAUGAAUAGUCCUCUUAAGACUCUUAUAUACGAGAGCUUCACAGUUGGGGAGUUUGAGCGUAGAUGGUCUGAGUUAAUGUCGGAGUAUAACCUACAUGACACUGAGUGGUUAUUUGAUUUGUAUGAUGAACGGCAUAUGUGGGUGCCAGCCUUUAUGAAAGAGCAUUUUUGGGCUAGGAUGAAGACUACACAAAGAGUGGAAAGCAUCAAUAGUUUCUUUGAUGGCUUUGUAAAUAGGAAAACAAAGCUAUAUGAAUUCCCGGAUAAGUACAAAAAGGCAAUGGAGAGGCGUGUGAAAGCUGAAAAAGAUGCAGAUGCGAGGUGCCGCAAAUAUCUUAGGCGUCUCUUUAGUGUAUUCUACAUUGUGAAAUUCUUCCAGGAAAUUUACACUUACACUAAGUUUCAAGAGAUUCAGACAGAGUGUACUCGACUUAUGCAUUGCUCUGGGAGGGACGAGCGUGUCUUGGAUGGGAACUUGAUUCAAUACCUCCUUGAAGAUAAGGUCUGGAUAAUCCCUGAAGGGAUAAGUGAAGAAGAGAUAACUGAUAGGUGGCGAUUUGACUGUAUUAUAUUUAAAACUGUUACGAAAGACGUGUCAUGUGAUUGCAGGAAGUUUGAAACAUUUGAUGUGAUUAGAGUGUAUGAUCAGAAUUUGGUUUUUAAUAUUCCAUCAAAGUAUGUUAUUCAAAGGUGGCGCAAAGAUGUAGCUCGGAAGCAUACUCGAGUAAAGGUGGCCUAUCACGACCCUACUGAUAAUUCCACUUAUCAGAGUUACAACAAAUUGAUGGAGGAGUUUGACCCCAUAUGUUAA